GGGAGGAUAACCUUUGUCGGAUGCAUCAGAAUAUUCCUGUUAUCACAAAUAAGUUGGAGAAAAUUCUUCCACCGGGGUUCUUUGAUGUGAUGGAACAUCUUCCAAUUCACCUUGCAUACGAAGCCCGGCUCGGAGGCCCAGUUCAAUAUAGGUGGAUGUAUCCCUUCGAGAGGUCUAUUGGUAAGUUAAAAAGGGAUAUCAAGCAAAAAUCGAAAGUGGAAGGCUCAAUGUGCGAAGUUUAUCUUGCCAAGGAAACAUCCCAUUUCUGUUCUUACUACUUUCAGAACGAUGUGCCUUGUUUGAGAAAUAGGCCUAAUCGACACUAUGAUGGAGGUGUGAAUAACUCUUUAUUGAAGCCGAUAUUGAUCUUCAAUCGACCAGGUGAUGGGCCCAAAAAACGUGAGAGACCAUUGAAUCAAAUGGAGUAUAAAUCAGCUUCGACACAUAUCUUGUUAAAUUGCCCAGAAGUUCAACCUUAUUAUGAGUAAGUUUACCAAAAAUUGCAAAAUUUCAUCAUUUAAAUUGAGAAUAAGGGCUAACCCAAAUUCCAUUUUGUUGAACAGUCUCUUUGUGGAAAUACAUGGACAAGAAACAGUGUCCGACCAA